AUGGGUAUAGGUAUUGAUCUGAGAAAGUUGUAUCAAAACACAUAUUCAGUUAACGAUCAAGCAAUGGAAAAUAUUUUUGAUUUUAUCAACGCAUCAAUUGCGGUGGCUGCCAAGGAGAAAUUUUUACAAAAAACUUCCUUUGGGGCCGAAGACAGGGAAAUUGAGGGCAGCAAAUAUUAUAAUUUUCAUAGAUUUCCUGUUGCUGAAUAUUGGAGAUUGGCGGCUGUUGUUGAUGGCCUACAUGGAUUUAAUGCUCGUGUUGACCAUUCGCAAUCUCGCCUCAGUUGCUCCGUAAUAUUCAAUGGUUGUGAUUACCUAGAACUGGAGUUAACCCAAAACUUUUUAUGUCUAAGAGUAGUUCCUAACUUAGGGUUGAGUGAAAGUCGAAAAGGAAACAUUAUUUUCAUCCCUUUCCCUCCUGCAAUCCGAGUCACUGCUCCGCCUACGACCGGACGACCAAGGGAGAAAGAUGGGGUAUUUUUUAUGAGUCUUUUUCCUAGGACACAAGACAGACGAGUCUUGACUAUUGCUGGCUGGGUUGGGAGUUGUGAGUCUUGUGACAGUGGAAUUCUUGAAGGUGUAACUCCGCAGUUUCAUCGAAAUUCUACUUGUCAGGUUAAUCAUUGGGCAUCAGAUAUAGACUCAUACACCAUGCCUCCUAAAUAUGAAUCUGGUACUCAAAAGAGAAAAAGGAAACGAAAUGAAAUUUCAUUAAUUCAAAGUCAAGCAGGGGAUAUUGGCAAGUACUUUAAAAGCAACAAUGUGAAUACGUUGAAUGAGGAUGAAGUAGAGAUUCAACCUGCGUGUGUUAAUGAAGUAGAUGAUAAAGAUGAAGAAGUUAGUCAACCUGCCUACGUUAAUGUAGUAGAUGAUAUGGAAGAAGAGGUGAUAAAACCUGCAUGUGUUAAUGAAGUAGAUGACAAGGAAGAAGAGGGUUGCUUUUCUCUAAAUUUGGAUGAUCCCGGGAAUUGGAAAAUCAUUGAUCAGAGAACAAGGGAUUACUUAGUUGAAAGGGGUCCAAAAAGAGUUGAUGACAUCUCGUUUCCCAAAGAUUGUACAAAUAGGCAUUUUGAUUCUUCACAAUAUAAGCGAUUGCUACGAAAUGGGCAAAUAAUUGAUAGAAGAUGGCUAGUAUAUUCAAUAUCUAUGGACAUGAUCUUUUGCUUUUGUUGCAAGUUAUUUAAAACACCCAAAAAUGUUACCAGAGUUGGCCAACUUGGUAACGAUGGAUUCAAAGAUUGGCAUAAUUUGCAUCGAUCUAUUAAAAGUCAUGAAGGAAAUGAAGAGCAUUUAUGUUGCAUGACUAGCUAGAUUGAAUUGGAAAAUAGGUUUCGAACAAAAACUA